ACAACAUCUUGUCGUUAGACCUUUCUAGAGCCUUCGACACAGUAUCGCAAUGGUCCAUUCUGCGAGCUCUGAACAGGUUCGUUAUAGACGAGACAACAAAAAGGUAUAUAAUGGUCUCCUACCUAAAAUCUUAUACCAUAGUCUCUGCUGGCAACAAGGAAACAAGGAGAAUCAACAUCGAUAGAGGCGUAAAGCAGGGAGACCCCUUAUCGCCCUAUCUUUUUAACUUAGUAGUGGAUUAGUAGGGCGAACUGGAGAAUGGUGGGUCGGGCAUACCUGUCUCAGAUGACAUGAAGGAGUCAGUACUAGCGUAUGCGGAUGACCUAGUGCUAUUGGCAGAGUCUGUCAAGAGUGCCACUAAGCAGCUUAGAAAUGUUACUAAGUUCUUUGCGAAGCGAGGGAUGUCGAUUAACCCGACAAAGAGUGUUGCCAUAUCGGUUAACGUCAACUGAGGCAACAAACACUCUUACGUGGUUACUCGGCCUCUAUUCGCGGCAGAGGGUCAGUUCAUCCGCCAAUUAACACCUCAGGAUAUGUUUAAAUACCUGGGCAGGCGGUAUGGAGUCAUGGGACAGACUCGAUCCACCAUUUCCGACCUCAAAAUCCAGCUCUAUAGAAUAAACAAAUUAGGACUUCAACCGGCACAGAAACUUAACAUCGUUAAACACUUCUUGUUGCCGCGCAUACAAGAUCAAUUACAAAGCGCCAUGGUCACCAAGAAGACUUUAAAAACCGCUGAUACGAUCAUCAGAGUAUCCGUUAGAAAGUUUCUUGGUCUGAACCGAACAUGUGCGGAUGCUUAUCUGCAUACCCCUAUAAGAGGUGGCGGCCUGGGUAUAACUUGCUUAUCUCAACAAGUGCAAGCCAUAAUGAAAAGACGCUUCAAUAAUUUAAUAAAUAGUGCCACGCCAACAACGGCAGCUGUUCUUUCCCUGCCUUAUAGUAGUAAUGUAGUAAAUGUAGAAAAUUGCCGAGUAGAAAUGAUGGGUAGUAGAAGUUGAACCCAACAUUAGAUGCAUCGACGGCGCAUUAAAAAACCUGAUCUCGUGCUCCAAAUGGAUUCAAGAGCCAUACUGUGUGACAUUGCCGUCAGCUGGGAGGGAUCUAGCUCCCUUUCCCUAGCCGCUCUGAACAAGAGCGCCAUUUAUAGCGAGCCACGCUUCCCAAGUGCCAUGACAUCCCGAUACCCUGGAAACAUAUCGUCGUGGCCCCACUAGUCGGGGGAGCGCGUGGAAUCUGGUGUCGAGAUAAUAAUAUCAUUUCUAGUAUUCUAAGCAAGACAUCAGAUCUUACAUUACCAAAACUAUUAUUGGCAGCCUUUCAAUUCAUCGCUAUUUUAUGGCUCAAUCUUAAAUAGACUGAUGAAACAUCUACUCAAACUAAGAAGCCUCAAUAUGAUUUUCGCCCGAAGGUGUACUACCAUUGGAUAUAGGUAGAUUAGUAGAUGAGCAACGUAUGUCUGACUACAGAAAUAGGGAAAACCGUGUGUUAGAGAGAGAGCAGCGAGACAAUGUGUAAGACAGAGAGAGAGAGACUCCGUUUUUGCGCAUGCGUAAAGUUAUAUAUUCGUUGCGAUGAUAACAGCGGGAGCCCUGAUAUACCAGGUCGGUUAAAAGUUUUUGGGUUUUUUAAAAAUUAUAUAUUCCGUUAUUAAUGUGAUUGGAAAUUAGUUUUUUGAGGAUAGCAGAAGAGUGAAGAUCAUGUUAAUCAUUAUAUUAGCUGCAGUACUAUGUCCAGUACUAUGCGUUGUCGACCAACAUUAUGCUAUGAAGUAUUUACACCGGUUCGGGUACGCAAAUGAAAAUGAUUUGACUAAACUUGAGGAUUAUUUGUUGAGUUUUCAAAAAAGAUAUAAUAUCCCUGCAACGGGAGAAUUAGAUGAAAAUACAAUUCAACUUCUAAAUAGACCAAGAUGUAAUGUGAGUGAAGCAGCUUCCGACGAUGAUCAUUCUUUUAGAGUUAAAUCAAAAUGGUCAAAAUUUGAUUUGAAAUGGUAUUUCCCUCAGGCAACUCCAGAAUAUCUUAAAGUAACCAAAAAGGCUUUUGAAGUGUGGAAUAACAGUUCAAAGUUUAAAUUUGAAUUAAUACACAAAAUACGGCCUUAUGCUCCCGAUAUAUCUAUUACAGUUGUACGGGGAAAGCACUAUUUUCGAGCAAAUUGCCAAGGUAGAGGUGAGUGCUCCAGUACAUUUGAUGGCCCCGGAAAGGUGUUGGCACAUGCUUAUUUCCCAAAAGGCAACAGUUGUAUAGAGCUUCAUAUUGAUGCUGAUGAGAAGUGGGAUUUAAGUUUGGAUGGAUCAAGUUCAGAAGAUCAGACUAGCCUACUUAUGGUAUUAAUUCAUGAAAUUGGGCAUAUUUUAAGAAUUGCUCACAGUGUUAUUGAGACAGCAAUAAUGUAUCCAUGGUAUCAAUUCAACAUUGCUCCUAAAUUGGAUGAGGAUGAUAAAAUGGCCCUUGAAGCUCUUUAUGGACCAAUCAAUACAUAUGUAAAUAAUCCUUUCAAACCCACAUCAGCGCUGCCACCGACUACAAAGACACUUGCACAUCAACCAAAUGAAUCGGAUAAAAAUUUAUGUGUCAUAAUACCGGAGUAUAUGUUCAUUGCCAUGGCUGGUGAAUUUGAAAAUUACCAUUUAUAUAUUAUUAAUGAAAAUUCCCUAUGGAAAAUUGAUUUGAACUCGAAACUUAUUCCCUCGCAACGAGAAAUACUCGAUGAUUAUUUACCUGAAGAAGUGGGUCCCAUAAUUCAGAUUUUUCAAAGUUCUUCAGAUAAUUUAAUAGCAGUCAAUGACCGUAAAUACUAUGUAGCAGAUUUUCCCGCUCUACAAAUAUUUGAGGAAAAUAAUUUAAUUAUACCUAAGAAUUCUCAAAUAAACACAAUGUUUCAAAGCAAUCAUGGGAAAAUAUAUGUAUUUUAUAACAGUAAUUAUAUUGAAUUUGACAAGAACUUGAAAACUGUUCGGAAUAGAGGACAAAUAAAAGAUAUUUUCCCUGGACUACCCACAGAUGUUACAGGAGCAUUCCAGUACAUUGACGGACACAUGUACUUUUUCAAAAACACCACAUACUACAAAUAUAAUGAGUUUACCAAAAAACUUGUUGCAGCCGAACCCUUUAAUUGGAACGUGUUCGAUAUUCCAUGUCCAAAUGGAGACCUUUUAAAUCAUCUCAAAAUUUUAUUAACAAAAAUAAUUUCUUUUUAUCAAUGAUGUUGUAUAUUUUAAAUAAACUCUUAUUAAAUUUUUUUUUUUUUGGAAAUUCCCGAACGCCAAUCUUAAGAUAACUUUUACCUAUUAAUAAGAAAUUUUUUGAUAACGCAGGAAAUUGAUAAGAAUAUUUCUAAACCAAAUGGACCACAUGUACAGGAAAUAGUGAAAAUUUAUUAGAAUAUUCGGAAACCAUAUGGACCACAUUUACAGGAAAUUACAAAAUUGUCAAAAUUUUUUCUAGAACAUUCUAUCACAAUCGUAUGAAGAUAAUGACAUGAGUAUAAAUAAGAUGUUGCAUUGUGUUGGAGUCGGUCUCUUCCACUGCCAGCAAGAGAAACCAGCUCUGAAGAACAAAUACUAGUAUCUGUUAAAAUUGUGCCUUAACAAAAAAUGUAAGUAUUUUUUUUUCUUGUGCGUUACGCGCUCUCUCUCUUUUCAGAUGGAUUUAAAAAAAAUUAACGCAACGUCUCUAAUUACAGAGAGAAAACCAAUAACAAAAAUACAAGAACUACCUUUGAAUACUCUGAGGGCUAUAAAGAAGGCAAAAAUAGUCAAUUCCAAAUUCGGAGAAUCAGUUUUAUUGGAUUUAGAUACAGAAGUAGUGUUUUUACCGCAAAGAGUCACAAGUGUCUACAAACCAGUCAUUGAAGAAUUUGAAAAGGAAAAAUACGGAAUUAUAUUCAAGGGAUUAGUGGAUGUUGGAAAAAAUCAACGGCUAGCGUCAUUUGAAAUUGAGGAACUAUAGACGUGCCUAAGACACACAAAGAGAGAGAGAGAGAGAGAGAGAGAGAUAAUGAACUCCUCAACAUUAAUGGAAUUAUGCAUCAUAAAAAUUUGUGAAACGAUAAAGUCAGCAGCCGAUUUCGCAGAGCAAUCCCCUCUUCCUCGGAAAUUGACCGAAAAAAUUGUGAAAAAAUUUCCUGUUUACAAAUGGAAUGCGAUGAUAAAAGAGGCUGAGAGUAAUCCAAAUUCUUCAUCCAUUGGAAUAGAAUAUAUUGACUAUAAUAAAGAAAUACCGUUAUAUUUAAGAAACACUAAACAAAUUGGGGAGAUAUGUUUGAAGAAUCUACUUACUUCGUAUGGUCUAGUGGAUAUUCGCUUCCACAAUAUCGUAUAAAUGUUUGUAAAUCAUGUUAUUUUGUAUAUAGAACGGUCCAUAAAUAUUUAAAAAAGAACAUUUUUGUUAAUUAUGAUCACUGUCAUGAAGUAUUUGAUGGUGACGAAAUUGUUGAAUGUGUAUAUCAAGAAAUGUCCUAUUGGUGUCAGAGUUGUUUUAACAAAGUCUUAUUCAUGAUAAAAUCACAUGAGUCCUGUAUUAAUAAUUUACAUGAGAUGCUUAGAAAUAAUCGUUUUGAUGGUUCUGAUAUAGACAGUG